CGAGACGACGAAAAGAGAUCUAAGAACCAGGCAAUCAACAUGACUUGUUUUCUCUCUAUGCUCGCGAGCGCGAUACAUGGCUGGCUUUCGCGCCUGCGGCUAUGCCCACCGUGUGCGCCGUGCUUUUCCUUCCACGGUGGCGUGGUUGGCGCUGGCUCUUUUCGUCGGCUCCCCGCUGGGGAACAAAAUCGGCGUUGCCUGCGCCGAGAACGCCAUCGAGGCUCGCGUCGAGACGCCCUUCUCGUGCGUGGGCCUACCGUACGGCUUCUACGCCGACCCCGCGCACCGCUGCCGUGUCUUCCACAUCUGCAACCCGCAGGUGAUUAACGGCGACACAGUGACGCGUAGUUUCAGCUACUACUGCCCCGGAGACAAGGUGUUCGACCAGCUGCACUUCUCCUGCUUGCAACCCAACGCAUCCAGCCCAGAGGCCUGUGAAGAGGCCGAAUUCUACUACAGCAUCAACGAAGCAUUCACCCUGCGGGAAGCCGUGUUGGCGUCGCGUGCAACCAAAGGAGGCCUCAGCUGCCAGUUCAUUCCGACGGGAACGUACGCUGACGUACGUUCAGGAUGCAGGUCGUACUACGUGUGCACUCGCAUCACUGGCAUAGCGACCGCCGUGAGGAUGUCCUGCCCGGUACCAACCGUGUACGACCAACCAACCAAGUCUUGUCUCUAUCCCGACUUGGCGACGCCUUGCGAACAGUCGGAAAAGUACUACAAUGUCCCCGACUUCGAUAGCCUGCAGGCGAGGGGCGAGCCGUCUCCGGUCCUCAACCUUUCUCCUCGAGGCGAUCUCCACCUGCCCUACAUGCCGGAGUACUCCGUCUAUCAGAGUCCCGUGGGAAACAAGCUGCUCUCCUCUGAAGUUGUCAUGGCUGGACUCGGAGUGAGGCACACCAUGGCGAAGCACGCCGUUACCGCGUCCAACGGCCAGCGCGUCCUCGAAGCUCCCGCUUCCAACUUCAGCUGCGAGGGCCGUCAGUACGGCUACUACGCCGACGAGGAACUCUGCUGCGAGUACUUCCAUGUGUGCACGGUGAAGGCCGGAUCCGAAGGACAGCGAGUGUUCGAGAAACACUCGUUUCGCUGCGACGAUGCCACCGUGUUCGACCAGGAACAGUUCGAGUGCCGCAUUCCGGAGGAAGCGCUGCCGUGUUCGCAGGCUCAGGCCAACUACGGCGGGAAUUCUGUGUGGAACGAGUGGUGAAAAGCAUCCCGACAACAUUUCGAUGACUGUUCACAAAGAAGUGUGAAACGAAGUCAUCUAUGAAUGGCUAAGUUUACAUAAAUGAGGUCACGUCUUUGACGCAGUUUGAGAAUAAA